AUGUCUACGACGAUCGCAUCGCACGCCCACAUCACUGACAACGUGAUCAACACUCUCAAUGGCCCUGACUUCGACGAUCUAUCGCCACAAAGUCUGAUCAUUGGUGAUCUGGACACGCCUUCAGUUACUCUCAGCCCGAGCCGAGACUCGACUGCGACUUCGGACACUGACGUCGACUCAAUUGACUCGGCCAGCUCCAACUCCGCGCCAAGUUUUCGCAGCGAACGAUCAAAUUCCUCGUCGAGCACCUGCUCAGCUCAAGCAGCUGGCCUCCGACUCGCAGCCAUCCUUCGGGCAGCAAGUGCCCAGGCAAAAGGAAAUUUUCUGGUCACGAACAGCAACCUAUCUAGGUCUGUCCACCUGAAAGCUUCAGCGAAGCCUCCGCGCGAUCCGACAUUUACGGACUUCGUCAGCGCCCUGGAAGCUACUUAUCUCGAUCCUCAACCUGGCUCUGUGCCAAUCGUACAAUCACGAUCUACACUCUUCGCUUCCAAUCCUCAUCUCGUCAAGAUGAUGAAGCGCACGAGCUCCCAGUCUUACGAAGGCACGCCUUCGCUGCAUGGAGGUAAUGGCAACUCGAACGGUACUGGGUCCAUCGGCGCUUUAGAUGCGGCCAUCGAGCAGAGUGGUGGAGCUCUACCCCCAUCUCUCGCAGCAGAUGGUAUCAGCAAGAAAGCUCGAUUUGUGUCGGAAGGAAACAUACCACCUUUCCCUUUCAGCUUGCCCGCCUCUGCCCCAGCCCAGCACUCGUACGGCAGUACCGGCAGGCCUACCUCACUCUCUCAAAGCGCUUUGGCGCCCGCAAUACCAGUCCAGGAUCCGUCACCCAAUCUGUCGAGUGCCAACCUGUACGGUGGUCUCGCCCAACAGCAGAGUCAAACCGGCGGACAGAGAUCCUUCUCGAGCGGGAUCAUGGGCACCUCCACAGGCGGUCAGAUCGGUGGCAUGCCUGCUUCUACCUCACCAUUCGUGCAUCAUAGUGCUCAUGCAAACCCGUACGCACCACCACCUCUUCAGAUACACAACAACAACGCAAUGAUCGGAGCCACUGGGGCGAAUGCUGGCUUCAGCCCGCUUAGCCCUGGUCCUCAAUCGGUGCCAUACAUGGUCAACCUUACUCACGAACAGCAGCAGCAGCAACACCAGCAAGGUAGUGGUCAGACCCCAUUGAGCGGUCUUAGUGGUAUGAGUGCGAUUUACCCCAACUUCUCGCCUGCCGCAUUUGGAGCAAGUCCCAUGGGCUUGAGUGCAUUCAUGCCGGGCUUGCUAUCCGCGCCCCCUCAGGGCAAUGCGACUGGACGGACGGUAUACGUCGGGAAUCUUCCAGCAGAAGCUUCAGUCGACGAAUUGCUCAAUCAAGUCAAGUUUGGACCCAUCGAGAAUGUGCGCGUGCUGCCAGAAAAGAAUUGCGCAUUCAUCUCGUUUCUAGAUGGAGGCACAGCUGCAGCUUUCCACGCCGACGCAUCGGUCAAAAAGAUGUCUUUGCACAAUCAAGAGCUCAAGAUUGGGUGGGGCAAACCUUCACCGUGCCCUACCAAUGUUGCCAUGGCUGUGCAAGCCAAUCAGGCCACGCGCAAUGUGUAUUUGGGUCAGCUGGAGGAAAGUGUCACGGAGCAGUCUUUGCGAGACGAUCUUGCUCGAUUCGGUCCCAUCGAUCAGGUCAAAAUCGUGCGCGACAAGAAUAUAGGCUUUGUCCACUUCUUGAGCAUCACGACUGCAAUCAAAGUGGUCUCGACUCUCCCAACAGAACCGGCUUGGGCAGACAAACGAGUCAAUUAUGGCAAAGACAGGUGCGCAUACGUGCCUCGCAGUCAGCAGCAGAAUCAAGCGCACAAUAGUCAAGCCGCAGCGAUGGGCAUGGCAGCCGCAGCGUCGCUCGGCUACCCGACAGCAUUCACUCCAGCCACUGGCGGCUUCAACGUGCCUGGUUUCGCUGCGCUCGGCCCUGCCAGUGCUCCUGCUGGGCUCGGCUUCCCUAGUGGUCUCGCUGGAGCGCAAGGCGGAGAUCCAGAUGCUCUCGGCCGUUCACCGAGCGGCUCUGGUGGACCUGCCCCUUCGGCACUCUCACAGAUGGGCAAUCGAACGGUCUAUCUCGGGAAUAUCCACCCUGAUACAACCACAGAAGAAAUUUGCAACCAUAUCCGAGGCGGCAUCCUGCAGAAUGUCAGAUUUAUCCCAGAGAAGCAUAUAGCUUUCGUGACAUUCGUCGACGCGAAUGCAGCUCUGGCUUUCUACCAUCUCGCGUCUUUCUCCGGUAUCAUGAUCCACAACAGACGACUCAAGAUUGGCUGGGGCAAGCACUCUGGACCCUUGAGCCCUGCGAUUGCAAUGGCCGUGCAGGCAGGAGGCAGUCGCAAUGUCUACGUUGGCAACAUCGAGAAUCCGGACAUGCUCACGGCGGAGAAGCUGCGAAAAGACUUUGGAGAGUAUGGAGACAUCGAGCUGGUCAACAGCCUUCGGGAGAAGAAUUGCGCCUUUGUCAACUUCUGCAACAUCCAGAACGCCAUCAAGGCCAUCGAGGCAAUGAAGAAUCAUGCAGACUACAGCGACGUUCGCAUUGCAUACGGCAAAGAUCGUUGCGGCAAUCCACCGCGCAGUGUCAGCCAGUCGCUGCAGAACAGAAAGGGUAGCGGAUCCAUGUCACCAAAUGCUGCCACGAGCGCAGAGGAUGCGACCGCUGCGGCGGCAGCGGCAGCAGCGGAGGUAGCCGCGAAAAUUGCAGCAGCACAGAGCGCUGCUGCUGCACAGCCAGCAGAUGGCGCCACGUUGGACCUCUCAUCUGUCGCUGGUGCUGUGGCGAACGCGGACGACGCGGACGACGUGAACGUCCCUUUGGCACCCUGA